AUGCGUGGAGGUAAACUGUUGUUUUCCGUUGCAGCUCAGUUGACCACAAUUGGACCAAUUAAGCUGUGCAGCGCAACUAAGAAGGACUGUCUUGAGGUCUCGAGAGUAAAUGAGACCUUUAAUGCCUUUAACCAUUGUGCAUUCCAAUGUGAUGGCUGGACGACGGCGGCGAACAGCAAACGACACAGUAUCAUCGUCUGCAACGUAAACGACGUAUGCGUGACAGGCAGUUACUUCACCAAGCCGAAAGCAAAGGACUCAUUUGAAUCUCUGAAGGCCUGCAUCGUUAAUUGCAUGCCUACUGAUGCUACAGACAUGGAGACGGUUAAGGAGGACAAGGUGCAAGAUCUAAAUGAGGGUAAGUAG